AUGAACUCUGAUUCCAACAACGAUGAACACCAUGAGCACCAUGCUGGUCGGAAACGAUUAAGAGCAACACAAGCAUGUGUGAUAUGUAGGAAAAAGAAGAUCAAAUGCGACGGCACCAAACCCGAAUGCAAUCACUGCCGAGAUUCCAAUACGCAAUGCGAAUACACAGAGAGCAAGAAACGUGGACCAAGGAAAGGAUACGUGCAAAUGUUGGAGGAACGACUCGCACAAAUGGAACGACGUAUCAUACAACUUGGUGGUCCUUCAGCAUUACCGGUUGUCACUGAAGCUGAUAUCAAUCACAGUACAAGUCCGAGGAAUGGACGUAGUACAAUCAAAGUGGAUGACAAUUUACCGCCCAAAGAAACAAUCAUGCAUCUGGUCGAGCUCUUUUUCAAAUACAUCAACUCAGUCUUUCCUAUUGUUCAUCGAGCCACACUCACGAAGCAGAUCGAAGAUGGUACAGUGUCGAGGCCAUUGUUAUGGAGUGUAUUGGCAAUUGGUGCUCGUUAUUCCGACGAUCGCAAUAUCAAGACGGAUCCACCCUACUGGGCCGGCGAACGAUUUGCAGCCAAAGCCACUGCUUUGAUUGAUGGCAGCCUAUUGGAACCCACAUUGCCCAAUCUACAAUUUUGGGGUAUCAUGGCAUGUCUUGAAUAUGGUCGUGCAUCGGGAGCAAAGGCAUGGAUUUAUGCUGGUUUAGCCGUAAGAUUUUGUCAGGAACUGGGAUUGAACAAGGAGGAGACUUUGAGCACACCGAUCCUGUCAAAGGAUGGUACCGUGGAUACGGUUGCCAUGGCAAUGCGACGUCGCAUUUUUUGGAGUUGUCUUGCUAUUGACAAGUUUUCAAGUGCUGGCACCAAUCGUCCACAAGGUUUCCAAAAGAUAGACGUCGAUGCCAAUCCACCCAAUAUUCCGGAGAGCCUUGUGUUGCGUGAUCCCACCCAAAACAUUUCAGUAUCCGGCAAGCCGAUUUCAUCCAACAAGCAAACGGUGAAUGAUUCAUUGCUUGAUGCCACACGACAUUAUCUCAAGAUUGUACAAUUAUUUGGCGAAGUCAACAGCAUCAUGAAUCGUGCCAAGAGUGACUCUUCAUGCAUUGUGUGGCCACCUGUUCCCGAAUACAAUGGCUUGGAUACCAGUCUAAGGAAUUGGCGAGAUAAUCUACCGGAUCAUCUUCAAUUUACAACGGUCAAUGUCGAGAAGCACAAAGAUCAUGCUGGUCUCAAUUCUUUCAACACAUGGUUAUCAAUGCAUGCUGUAUGGUGCUCAUCGUUGAUGGUUUUACAUCGUGGAAGUCUUGCCUAUGGUGAUAUUCGAUCAGUGGAUGUGGAUCCUGGUAUAUAUCGUGCUAUACAAUCAAGCAUUGAAACGUGCAAAGUCAGCGUGCGAACAGCUGCUGGUGUAUUCAGGGCGAUGCGUGAUCUAUGUGGUGCCAACAUUCUCCCUUUUAUGGGUUACUCAGCAUACGUCUUUGCCACUGUGCUUAUGACAUCCACAUUUUCCAAGGGUCCUGAAGCAUGCAGGAGGAGUAGUACAGCAUUAAGGAUAUUGUACGACCUCAUUGAUUCACUUAAACCAUAUUGGCCAAUGUGCGAGCGAUUGGCGAAUACAGCAAGUGAUUUAUUGGUUGCACAUAGCCGACUUUAUCAGCCUACGAGCGAACGUCAAGGAUUCCCAUAUGAUAGUCAAGACAAUACAACAGCUGCUCUUUAUUCUCAACCAGCUCCUCCACCACCACAACAACAUUCACCAUCAGCAGCAGCCAUGAUGGGUACUUCAACACAAAGUAAUACAACGCCACCCACAUCGAGCGCCCCGAAUGACAUACCAUACAACACAAUGGCCACAUUAUCACAUGCACCACCACCAACAUCGGCACCUGCACCCAUGGAACAAAAUACCAUGACAACAACAACAACAGCACCACCACCGCCACCGCCACCAGCAGCAGCAACUGAAAUUCCGCAACAGUCAUUCCAAUCUAUUCUAGCAAGCGACUUUUCCAAUUCACAACAGCUAAACAUCGACUUUGACAGCCUUGAUUUUCUCAAUGAUAGCGCACUCUUUGGACAGAUCAUGUUUGAUGCUCGACCUAAUAUGGUACCCAACACCUUGUCCAAUGCGUUCGCUUAUCCUACAAUGCAAAACUUUACGCCUGAUACCAAUACAGCGUCCCCAGCCAUGCAGGGAUACGCCCCACCUCAGCCUGAAGCAUGGGAUACUCAAUAG